AUGUAUGUAUUUCGUUUCCAUAUAUCGUCUUUCCACUCUUUUCUUGUUAACUUUUUGCAACCUUCAAGAGGGGUAGGUGAGCCAUCACGCCUUCUGGAUCACCUUGAAACACACCCGUCAUAUAUGCGACGCGUGACUUCCACCGCUGUGCACCGCACCGUUUCUUCAGUCCUGUCGCCGGCGCUCUUGCCGUCUUUCAAUGGCACAUUGCUGUUAUCCGUUUGCUUUGCAAGUUGUUCAGCUGCACCGGUGAGAAAUUUAUACAAGCGCUUGGGACUUGACCAUAAAGCAACAUCCGAAGAAGUGAAGGCGGCGUACCGCCAACGUGCCCUUGAAUGUCACCCCGACGUGGUGGAUGAUAACCGGAAGGCUCAAGCUGAGGUGGAUUUUCGCGCAGUUUCUGAGGCUUACGACGUGUUAAUCGACCCACAGAAACGCAAGGAGCACGACAAGGCACUUGGACUCGAGCGUACAGUACCUCCUGCAAAGAAGCAACAGGAGGGAGAAGGAGUGGGUUGCGAUUCUAAGGGUUCAUUUAAUAGGGGAGUUACUCGGCCACGAAACCGGAAACCGUUCGUGCGGGGCGACGCAGAUCGCAACUUCCGUGAAGCAUUUCACGGUAUGUCGCUCGAUCAAGUACUCUUUCGGGAGCGACUGAGGCAACGACGUAUGCAAAAGCAGAUGGAAGAAAAGGCAAAGGAGGGGGACGAUGGCUCCCCCGCUGGACGUGAGGAGUCUAUUCGGCGUGUGGCUGCUGCAGCGGCGGAGCGCUUUGCAGAAAAAGUGCGGCGACAGUAUGGACCAGGCAUGUUGCGGCAUGCGCGUGUGUACACAAGUUUGUCCCGUGAUCCGCAGCCGCCACCGUCGGAUUAUAUGCCCUUUCGCCCGUUCCAUGGCUGGACUGUACCGAAUGGUGUGCGGACGCCACCUGAACCGACUUUAGGUCCAACUGCAAAGGUGGAGGACGUGAAAGAUGUGCAACUUGCAGAACCUGCGGUUGGUGAUGCCAGCCACCAGCGGAAGUUGCCGAAACAUUUCCCAGUGGUACAGGCACCGGAUGGUUCUUCGUUGCUACGAGAGGAAGCCAUUGCCUGUAUGGAGCGGGAGCGGCGCUUACCACACAACAUGGGAAAGUUGUACUCAUAUCACAGACCAUACUAA